AUAUCGACGAGUGUGACCGCCAGCCCUGUGGAAAUGGGACCUGCAAGAACACAGUUGGCUCCUACAACUGCCUCUGCUUCCCUGGCUUCGAGCUGACCCACAACAACGACUGCAUGGACAUUGAUGAGUGUUCAUCCCUGGUGGGGCAGGUCUGUCGGAACGGGCAGUGCAUCAACAGCGUCGGCUCCUUCCAGUGCCUGUGCCAGGAGGGCUACGACAGGACCCCUGAUGGCAAGAACUGUGUAGACAUCAACGAGUGUGUGAGCCUGCCUGGGACCUGCUCCCCAGGCACCUGCCAGAACCUGGAGGGCUCCUUCCGUUGCAUCUGCCCCCCUGGCUACGAGGUGCAGAAUGACAACUGCAUUGACAUCAACGAGUGCGAAGAGGAGCCCAACAUCUGCCUCUUUGGGACCUGCACCAACACCCCUGGGAGCUUCCAGUGCGUGUGCCCUCCAGGCUUCGUCCUGUCCGACAACGGCCGGCGGUGCUUUGACACUCGCCAGAGCUUCUGCUUCACCCGCUUCGACAACGGGAAGUGCUCUGUCCCCAAGGCCUUCAACACCACCAAGGCUCGGUGCUGCUGCAGCAAGAUGCCAGGAGAAGGCUGGGGAGACCCCUGCGAGCUGUGCCCUCAGGAGGGGAAUGUUGCCUUCCAGGAGCUGUGUCCAUAUGGCCAUGGAGCCAUCCCAGGUCCAGGUGACACCCGGGAAGAUGUCAACGAGUGCUCGGAGAAUUUGGGGGUGUGCAUCAACGGGGCCUGCAUCAACACUGAUGGCUCCUUCCGCUGCGAGUGCCCCUUUGGCUACAACCUGGACUACACGGGGGUCAACUGUGUGGACACCGACGAGUGCUCCAUUGGCAACCCCUGUGGGAAUGGCACCUGCACCAACGUGGUGGGGGGCUUCGAGUGCGCCUGCGACGAGGGCUUUGAGCCAGGCCCCAUGAUGACAUGUGAAGACAUCAACGAGUGCUCACUCAAUCCCCUGCUCUGUGCCUUCCGUUGCAUCAACACCUUUGGCUCCUACGAGUGCACUUGCCCAGCUGGAUACGCCCUCCGAGAAGACAGGAGAAUGUGUAGAGAUCUGGACGAGUGUGCAGAGGGGCUGCACGACUGCGAGUCACGAGGGAUGCUCUGCAAGAACCUCAUCGGCACCUUCAUGUGCAUCUGCCCCCCAGGAAUGCAACGCAGGCCCGAUGGAGAGGGCUGCACAGAUGAGAACGAGUGUAGGACCAAGCCUGGGAUCUGCCCCAACGGCCGCUGCCUCAACACAGUGGGGAGCUACCGCUGCGACUGCAACGAGGGCUUCGAGGUCAGCCCCUCUGGCACCGAGUGCAUCGACACCCGCCAAGGAUUCUGCUUCACCGAAGUGCUGCAAACCAUGUGCCAGAUGUCAUCCACCAACCGCAACCUGGUCACCAAGUCGGAGUGCUGCUGCAACAGUGGGCGCAGCUGGGGCCCCCAGUGUGAGCUCUGCCCCCUGCCUGGAACUGCCCAGUACAAGAAAAUGUGUCCCCAUGGACCUGGGUACUCCACUGAUGGGAGAGACAUCGAUGAGUGCAAGGUGCUGCCCCGGCUCUGCCAGAACGGGCAGUGC